GUAGGAAGUGGGCGUGGCUUGCCUUAGACCGGCUCGCGUGCGCGAGAGUUUUGUCUCAGCUGCUCACUGAGUGACGGCGGAGAAACUAAAAGCAGAAAAUUCUCUCUCAGAAACACAAACCAAAACCCGGAGCUCCGUCUAGAAAGGAAGCGUCAAGGCCGGACGGGUGUGAUUAGCGCCUGAAAUACAACCAAACACACUCUCACACACACUCUGACACACACUCUCACACACGCACAGUGCUGGAACCCGUGCUGUCUUCAGGUGCCGGUUAACAGAGGGAUAAACUCCAGAACCGGACGCUGCAGAACGACACUGAUUCCAGACAUGGAGACCUUCAGCACUAUUUUGACUUUGCUGAUGAUCUUCAGCGCUUCAGCUGCAGCUUCAGAUUCCUGCGACAUUACAGGGAUUUACGGAACCCAAAAUGAAGUCAUCAACGUGGACGAGAUAACAGACGGGUGCUGCACAAACUUCGUCACGAAGAACGGGAAAGAAGUGCACAUCCUCAAUUUGCACUUUACUCCAGGGAAUAGCUACCCAAUGAUGACCGUGUCUACAGCCGCUCCAUCCAUCCUGAUCUUCACCAGCACAGACACUCACUUCACAACCAUCUACGUCGCGUCCACCUCCGACGUGCAGCUCUACGUGACGAACGAGACUUCGUUGUCGGCUAUAAGGCAUCAACUUCACAGGGCUCCGGCUGCUCAGGGCAGCGAGCUGAUAUCAUGGGCAACAGAACAGUUUGGAGGAGUUUCAUCCUUCACCACACUCCACGAUCCGGUCAACAUCACCUUCACCGGGAUUAAAGGAACUCCGUUAGCGUCCCCCUGCCAGCUGAGGUGGGAAGUACCGAUGAGGAAGAAGUCUCUGAUGGUCCAAAGUGAAGGGAAUGCAGUUAAAAAUUGCUUGUUCAAUUCUCAGGACGAGCUUCACAUCAUCAACAUCCCGGAUCACGUCGGCAUCAGGAACGUCUCAGUGAGUGUGGUUCCAUCUGACGUGAAGCUGGUCCUAAGGGGUCCGGCUGAAACCUUCUGGAGGGUCAAUGCUCAAAGGGUCUCCUUCGUGUCUAACGGUGUGGUCCAGUUAAGUGGUCUGACCAUGAAUAAGACGAUGAUCCUCUCUGACAGCGACACUGAGCUCAAGAGUCAGGCAUGCAGUUAUUUUAAGAACAAAUCAAUCAGCAGCUACACGAAGAUUCAGCUGAACGGCCCAAUGAUCAUGAUCAGGAUCGGAAAGAGAGAACACACUAAAGUGGCCGAGAGAGUUGAGGUGAAGACCACAGAGUCUCCUCCGUCUUUCACCUGGAUGCAGUUGUUCACGUCUCCCGAAUACACGGUGGAACUCGAUCCCAGCACCAAAGUGCAGACCAACAAGAAGAUCUACGCUCAGGUCUGGAGUUUGGUCCAUGGAGAUUUGGACCUAAAUAUCAGAGUGAGGUCGUGUUUGGCGCGCUCCAAAGACCCCCAGUCGGUGGAGAAGAGAAUCUCCUUUAAAACGGAACCGUGCUCGGCGUGCCACAAUAACACCAGGUUCAGCUUCUCCCUCGACGGGCUGCAGGAUAUGCCCUCCAAAACCUGGGAGCUUCAGUGUCACAUCAGCCACUGUACCAAGCACCUCAACCCAAUUCUCCAGGAUUGUGCAGAACCGCAGCUCGUGAAGAGGAACGUGCAAGUCACCCCGUCGUACGUCCCACCACCCGAUUCGUGUUUUGAGUUCAGCCUGCAGUCGGUUCUGGGCAUCGCCUUCGGAGGAUUCCUCAUCGGCGUCCUGCUCAUCGGCGCUCUCUGGUUCAUCAAAAUCCGCACAGGUAAACCCGUCGCUCUGGGUUUUGGCUCCACAGGGACCUUCUUCUCAGGAUGUCCAUGCAGUCUGAUUAAGCGUCAUGCGGUGCCCACUAACCCGUCUCCCUCUGAGAACAGCAGUGCCAACGGCAGCAUGAGCAGCACCCAGAGCACACCGACCAGCAGCAUGGCAUGAGCAUGCUCAGAGAGGGACUCACACACACACACACACACACACACACACACACACACACAAACACAAACACACACACACACACAGACGAACAGGGCAGGGCUUUUUUCGUCUGAACGGGGAACUUUUUAAAACUCCGCCUCUGCAGCCACCCAGCAUCAGGAAAUCAGCGGGACAAAAAACCUUGCCUCGGUCCGAGACAGGAAAAACACAGCAUAUCCCCCAAGAACUAACAGGAAAUUCACAGCAUUCCUCUCGACAGAUCGGAGGCACAAUAAGACUCAAGGAGAAAAACACAGAUCGAGCCGCUGCGACCUGCAUCACCCCCCCUGAUUAGGGCAAAAAAAAAAAAAAAAAGAAACUGUCGCAGUUCAUGCACGCAAAGAGCCAUCAGUUUCAAGUUUUUAUCCACUAUAUAUAAAAUUCCUGCCUCUCCAGCCUCUGAGGACAAGUUUGGGAAAAGGCUACCUCUGCAUUUAUUUAGAGUACAGAAGGAAAAAUAAAAAUAGCUCCAGUUAGUCAUGUCGUUUCUGAUGAAUCAUAUUUUCUCUGCGGGAAUAAUGUGGUUGUGUUGUACAUUACUGUAAAUGAAGUGUGUGUCACAGCUUCGAGUCGGAAAAGUCCGAGUCCUCCACCAAGAUUCUACUGAUCAUACUUAUAUAUAUAUAUAUAUAUAUAUAUAUAUAUUUUAUUUACUUAUAUUAACCAGAAAAGCACUUUCGUUCAUUUUUAUUUGUAUUGUUUUACUAUUAAUCUGCUUGUAAGUUUUUAAAAUCUGAACAGUAUUCCUGAUGAAGCUUUCCUCAUUCUCAGCAUCUCCUCAAUCGGCUUAACGUUCCCAAAAUAUCUCCUCCCAGCAUCUCCUAAAGUUCAACACGAACCUUCUGCUACUUAUUUCAGGGAAACAAUUCAACUUUAAGUAGCUAUUAAUUAAUAAAUGCAUAAUUAAUUCAGAAAUAAAUUUAUACAUGGGCAUUAACUUCCCUUUUUUCAUUUUACAGCAAUAAGAAAUAUUUUUGUCUUUUUAAAUAUAUUCUAAUUUUAUGUAAACUUAAAAUGUUAAAUUUACCAACAGACGAAAUGUCUAAGUUUCAAUUCUGCCGUUGAUGAUGUCAAUCAGCACACACACACCCACACACACACACCCACACACACACACCCACACACACACACCCACACACACACGCACACGCACACACACUGCGUAAGUGCACACUUUCAGGCCCCCGUCACACUUUCCCCCUUUUAUCUCUUUAUUCUUUCUCUCUUUCUAAUUUCUUUUUUAUUCUUUUUUUACUUUCUCUUUCUUUCUCUGUAAUUCUCCAUAUAUAUAUAUUUUUUUACUUUUUUGUUUGCCUUGUAACAUGAUUUCUGGUAUAUUAAUGUUCAUGAUCAUGGUUUACUAACACAAACUAACUGCAGUAGAUGAUAUUUUCCCACACAGUGCAUUUCUCUCACUAUUUCAGUUUUACACUCUUAUUUUUUAACUGCCAUCUUAAUUUUUGUCAUUAAUAACAUGAAUUUUACAUAUAUCGUUAGAUCUUGGUAGUGGACUGAGACUUUUAUAGACUUUUUUUUUUAUUUCCAAACCAAAAAAAAACUAAAUAAUUUGCCAGUUUAUUAUCUACAAAAUUUGCAAUAUAGUAUGUAAUAAACUGGCAAGUGACUGUAAGAGCUAACUCAGUAUUUUGUACUAAAUAUAUUAUUUGUAUGUUUAUCUUCCUGUUACAGUGUUACAGUAAUGAUCCUGGUUAGAAGAAAAGUUGUGUGUCUAAAGUGAGUCUUUGUGACGGAGGUGUGUGUUAGCGGUCAGACCGCAUCGGUGAACCCUUUAUAAACUGUGUAUAAAUGUAAAAUGUCUCUUUCUGUUUCGUGUUGCUUUUUUGUGACCUCGUAAUUUUUUUUUAAAAUAUAAGAGCAAUAACCCUCGUAUUCAGUAAGGAAUCAGAAAUGUGUGUGUUUCGGCUCAAGGACACGUCAUGGAGGGGUCUGAGAACCAAAAACUGAUUUUAUUUCAUCAAACACUUCAGUUUUUUUAAAAGUACAUCAUCUAUUCGAUUUUUUAGCUGAUAAAUCAUGACUAUCGCGUUCACGUCGUGUUAUCGACAUUUUAUCAGAUUUAUUUUUGUGAAAAACAUGAAAUUCUUAUAAAAGUCUACUACAUUUAUGACCUUUUGUAAAUUAUAAAAUAUAAAGUUGUUGUUUUCGCGACUCAGACCUCCUCUGUGUGUGUAAGUGAAAGAAAUGAAAUCACUCAAACCUCGAUCCUUACACCAUAUAGCUUAUUUUUUAUAAAGGAAUCAAUUUGUACAUCUAGAUAAAGAUAAGACUUUCUGUGAAGGCCAGCAAUAAACAUUCAUAACAUGUUAUAAUACAUUUAUAAGGGAUUAUACAUAAAUAUACAUUGUAAUUAUUUAUUACAGUGUUUACGUAACAAUACAACACUCCAUGCUGUGCUUUUAUAGGAAAAUAAUCAACAGGGUGGUGUAUUGAAGUUUUUUUUUAUUCCUCUUAUACUACAGAAAUUACACAUUUUUAUUUACUAGAAACCGACAUGUACUUUUUUUUUAUCCUUUUACAGUUACAUUUAAUGCUGUUGAACGUCCUGUUAUUUAUCACACACGUUAUAGCAGCUUGUUAUAAACAGUCGUUCCCUCAUCAGCCUCUCUUUUUUUCUUUUAUUGCAGUUAAUAAGACAAAAACACAACCCUUGUCAUGUUACUGUGAAAUCGCAACGCGUAAACUCCUCUGUCCUGAAAGUUACAGCUUCACCUCUGACUGUUACAAAGCCACUCACACUGGAGACUCCUUCCAUAAAUGUUAAAUAAACAUCUCCUAAACAUACCUAGGAUUUUUAAAAUCCGUUUAUGUGUAGCGUCUGCCGUACAAGACCCUGUGAACGAGCCGUUACUAGAGAAACGAUAAGGUGCGAUCUGCAGCUGCACUACUGUCAGAGCUGCUGGUAGAGGAAAUUCAUCAACACCUUCUCAACAUACUGCAUUUGCAGUAUUACAUUUCACACAAUUGGCUCAAGUUAUUAAAACACAUAAAGCAAUACAGACAGAAUAACAGAUGUAAAUAUUUUAAAGUAUAUAAUGUUUUAAAAACACUACUUAACAAUUUAUAAUGUAUAACAAACAAAUGCUAUAUAAAGUGUAAUGCAUUUUAAUACUUAUAAGAGUGUAUAAUGCUUUAUAAAUGCUUUAUAAUGUUAUAUUUAUGGCCUUCAGAGAAAGUAUUAUGAGAUUUUAUUUCUUUCUUUCUUUUUUCGCAGAUGUGUGUGUGAAACUGAUAGAGUGUGAUGAAGAGGGUAUUAUAGACACUUAAAGGAACAAUUCAGUGAAAAAUCUUACACAGUGUCUCCUUCACGCCAAAUACUAGUCUCUCAACCUCAAAUGGACGUCUGCUACUCCUAACGUUUUUUUUUUUCUAUAAGCAUCCAAAUAUUUUCAUCUACUUGCUUUAGACUAAAUUGUUAAGCUUUGUAAUAUUAGUUUUUAAAAUAGCAGAGAUAAUGGUUAAAAUGAUCCAUUAUGUGUUAGCUACAUUCGAGAAAAAAAAAAGCAGUCAGUCAUCAAAAAUGUCUCUGCUGAUGGACUACAUUUGCCGCGAGAGGAAACUGUGUAGGAAAUUGUGUGAUUUUUCACUAUAAUGAUCCUUAAAGUAUAAAAAAAUGCCACUUUGAGCCUUCGUGCAAUACUGGAGGAAUUCCUCUUUAAUAUCGACAGAACAUUUAAUGUGUCUGGAUGUUAUUUGUUUUGUUUUGUUUUUAUAUUGACUUAAAUUGUGUUUUUUUUUUAUAUUCUCUUCUUCCUUUCGAGCCAAUGUAAAAUCAGUUGAGUUUUAGGAAACACUCGUGAUUUCACCGCACAAACUCGCACCAAAUGUUACGCAUAAUCAGUGUUUUUGGAUUUCUUUAUGCUCAUAAAGCAUCUGAUUCAAAUUAAACGAACCAAAAAGA